AUGUAUACAAACACGAGGGCCAGAGUUUCGACACCUGACGGAGUGACAGAACAAUUUGACAUCUCUGCUGGAGUCCUCCAAGGAGACACACUCGCGCCGUUCCUAUUUAUCAUCGUGCUUGACCAUGCUAUGAGGAAAGCAUUGUCGGACGGGAAGGAAGACGAAUUAGGUUUCACUAUAACUCCCAGAAGAUCCAGAAGGUACCCAAAAGUCGUUCUUGCCGACCUCGAUUUCGCAGAUGACAUUGCUCUUCUGUCUGAUGCCAUCAUACAAGCCCAAGAGCUCCUCCUCAGAGUUGAGACAGAAUGCAGCAAAGUAGGGCUUGGAUUGAAUGGUCCCAAAACAAAGUACCUGGCCUACAACAUAGACGUACACACUCCUCAACCAGAUCAGGAACUGUGUUGGAGCAAAAAGACGAUUUCAAAUAUCUUGGCUCCUGGGUUGAUAAGUCGAUAA